AUUGCAUUUUAUGCGAAGAGGGAUAUGUUAUGCUCCAUUUGUUCGAAAGGUAGAAGUAAAUAAACUUAUAAAAGUUCAAUAAAAUUUCAGAAUCGUGUGCCUCAAACUUGCUUUUCCGAAAUCCGGGUCUAUAGCUUCAAUCAAUUAUUAAAUAUGGUUCUGAUCUAAAUGGGAAUUUGAUUUUAACAUCAACGAUCUGAAUCCUCUUAUUUCUGGAAACCGAUUCUCCAACUACUAUAGAGUAGCUCUAUCCCAAAACCCUCAAAUUACAGUUGAAGAAAUCCCCUAUAAACAAUCAGUGUUUAGCAUAAAUCGCAACCCAAAAAUCUAAAAUCUUAAUUCGCGAACUGGGUAUAGACAGAUCGGCCGAAAUUUGCAGCCGAAAACUUGUGAUCUUUUAAUGCGGCAAGGAAGAAGGUUAGCAUAAUAUGUUUUGGAGGGAACGCGAAAGGGAGAUCAACAAAGAGCAAAAUGGAGGCCCUCCUUGUGGGCAGGUUCGAGUUCUUGUUGUUGGUGAUUCAGGUGUGGGAAAAACUUCUCUUGUUCAUCUGAUAGUGAAAGGUACAACAACAAAGCAUCCUCCUCAAACAGUUGGAUGUACAGUAGACGUGAAGCAUUUUACAUAUGGAACUCCUAGUAGCUCUUCAGAUAGUGAAAAAGGUGACAAAGAUAGGGAUUUCUUCAUUGAACUCUGGGAUGUCUCUGGACAUGAUCGUUAUACAGAUUGUCGUUCCAUCUUUUAUUCCCAAAUAAACGGUGUUAUUUUCGUGCAUGAUCUUUCUCAAAGAAGGACAAAAACAAGUUUGAAAAAAUGGGCAGCAGAGAUUGCAGCAACAGGGACAUUUUCUGCCCCGUUGGCGAAUGGGGGUCCAGGUGGCCUUCCUGUGCCCUACCUUGUCAUUGGUAACAAAGCUGACGUGGCAGCCAAAGAAGGGACAAGGGGUAGCAGUGGAAAUCUUGUUGACAUGGCACGCCAAUGGGUUGAAAAACAGGGUUUGCUUCCAUCAAAUGAGGAGCUCCCUCUCAUUGACACCUUUCCUGGAUCUGGAGGGCUUAUGGCUGCUGCAAAAGAAGCAAGAUAUGAUAAGGAGGCUGUGAUGAAGUUUUUCCGUAUGUUGGUAAGAAGAAGAUAUUUUUCAGAUGAGUUACCAAUGGCAAGUCCAUGGUCAACCUCAGUGCAAAGACCAUUACAGAAUUUGAGUGAUGAAGAUCAGAUAUACACAAGUACAAGGACAAGUGGAGACACGUACAAGUACAAUGUUCUACCACCACUGCCAGCUCAGCGAAAUCUGACCCCACCUCCCACACUGUAUCCUCAGCAACCGGUGUUGACGCCUGACAAUUAUAAUAUCCCAAGAUUUGCAUUGAGUGGAGCUCAAGAAUUAAACAGUAUUAGAUCCAAAAGGAAUGAUAUUAAUGUAUGAUUUUGAUUUUGCCACUACUAUAAAAAAAAAAAAAAAAAAAAAAAAAAAAAAAA